AGCUCAACCUGCGCAAGCCUGGACUCAGGGUCGAUUCCAGCUGCUUGGAAACCCCCACAGGAACAACUGCACCCUACACAUCUGAGAUGCCCAGAGAGAGGACCAGAGGCAUUACUUCUUCCAGCUGGAGAAAGGAGAGAAGGUGAAAUAUAAUUUCCUGGUGGACAUGUUCGGGCUGGAAGUGACAGGUGGGGUGUGCGGGGGCCAGGUUCCCAGGCUGGGGAUGGAGGCAGGGUCUCCUGAACAUGGCCAUAUGGUCUACCCUCUUCCCUCCCCCCACCACCCAAGACAUGACUAAGCCAGACAUCUUCAUUCCCAAGGCCUUGCAGCCCAGGCGGGUGGUGACCGUCUUCAAUGUGGUUUAUGGGGUCUCUGAGAACUGUCUGGCCCUGCCGUCUCCUAGUCUGGGCCUGCCCUUUCCCCCACCAGAAGCAGACCCCAGCCCUCCUUGUCAGCAAUGAGCCUCACACCACACCCAUGCGACCACUGCACCCAGCUCACCUGCCGAGCGGACUUCAGAGCCGGCGUCACUGUGCAGAACACCAUCCAGCUGAGGGUGGCCUGUGCCCCCAGAGACCUGGUGAUCCCCAUUUUCCAUGACAACACCCAAGAGUCCCCAAGGAAACACGACAUGGGUGGAGUCCACAAAGGCCAUUUCCUGGGGCUGCUGUGCACUGUGGCUGACCGGCCCCCCACCCCACUCUGA